AGGCACCCGCCCACGCACGCUAUGGCCCCCCGCCUCGGCCCGGGGCCCGAGGUCCCGCGAACCGACCACUGACCGACGCCCGCGUUCCUGCCCCCGCCUCCCCGCCGGCCAGCACCAUGGGAUGCAAUAUGUGCGUGGUCCAGAAACCGGAGGAGCAGUACAAAGUGAUGCUUCAGGUGAAUGGGAAGGAGCUCUCCAAGCUGUCUCAGGAGCAGACGCUGGAGGCCCUUCGCACCUCCAAGGAGCCCCUGGUCAUCCAGGUGCUAAGACGAAGCCCCCGCCUGCGGGGUGACAGCUCCUGCCAUGACCUUCAGCUGGUGGACAGUGGCACUCAGACCGACAUCACCUUUGAGCACAUCAUGGCGCUGGGCAAGCUGCGCCCGCCUACCCCGCCCACAGGCAUCCUGGAGCCGUACGUCCUGUCUGAGCUCACCCCCAUCAGCCAUGAGUAUUAUGACCCGGCAGAGUUUAUGGAGGGCAGCCCACAGGAGGUAGACCGCAUGGAUGAGCUGGAGUACGAGGAGGUGGAGCUUUAUAAAAGCAGCCACCGAGACAAGCUGGGCCUGAUGGUGUGCUACCGCACGGACGAUGAGGAAGACCUGGGCAUCUAUGUUGGAGAGGUGAAUCCCAACAGCAUCGCAGCCAAAGACGGCCGGAUCCGCGAGGGGGACCGAAUCAUUCAGAUUAACGGCAUGGACGUCCAGAACCGAGAAGAGGCAGUGGCCAUCCUGAGCCAGGAGGAGAACACUAACAUCUCCCUGCUGGUGGCGCGGCCCGAGAGCCAGCCCGCAAAACGGUGGAAGGACAGUGACCGGGAUGACUUCCUGGAUGACUUUGGCUCUGAGAAUGAGGGGGACCCAUGUGCCCGGAAGCUGAAGUCACCCCCUGCCCAGCAGCCUGGAAAUGAAGAGGACAAGGGGGCCCCGGAAGCGGGCCCAGGCCUGAGCAACAGCCAGGAGCUGGACAGCGGGGUGGGCCGGACUGACGAGAGCACGCGCAAUGAAGAGAGCUCAGAGCACGACCUGCUAGGGGACGAGCCCCCCAGCGCCACCAACACCCCCGGGACCCUGCGCAAGUUUGGCCUGCAAGGGGACUUGCACUUCAGCAUGGACUCGCUGCUGGCAGAAGGUGCAGGGCUGGGUGCAGGAGACGUGCCCGGCCUCACUGACGAGGAGUACGAGCGCUACCGGGAGCUGCUGGAGAUCAAGUGCCACCUGGAAAAUGGCAACCAGCUGGGCCUGCUCUUCUCAAGGGCCUCGGCGGGCAACAGUGCCCUGGAUGUCAACCGCAACGAGAGCCUGGGCCAUGAGAUGGCCAUGCUGGAGGAGGAGCUGAGGCACCUGGAGUUCAAGUGCCGCAACAUCCUGCGCGCACAGAAGAUGCAGCAGCUGCGGGAGCGGUGCAUGAAGGCCUGGCUGCUGGAGGAGGAGAGCCUGUACGACCUGGCGGCCGGCGAGCCCAAGAAGCACGAGCUGUCCGACAUCUCUGAGCUGCCUGAGAAGUCUGACAAGGACAGUACCAGCGCCUACAACACGGGGGAGAGCUGCCGCAGCACCCCGCUGCUCGUGGAGCCCCUGCCUGAGAGCCCACUGAAGCGGGCUGUCACUGCUGCCGCCAGCAACUCCAAUUUGAACCGGACCCUCCCUGGUCCUCCCAUCACCAGCGCCCCCAAGGUGACCCCCGCACCAGGGAGCCCUGCCAAGUUCCGGUCCCUCUCCCGGGAACCCGAGGCGGGCCGGAGGCAGCACGCGGAGGAGCGUGUCCGCCGGGGCCCCAAGACUGGGGUGGCCCUGGAGCGGAUGGGCCCUGAAGGCAGUCCUUACCUGUCGAGACGCCACCGCGGCCAGGGCCAGGAGAGCGAGCACUACCACAGUUGCGUGCAGCUGGCCCCACCACGCACCCUGGAGGAGCUGAGCCAUGGUGCCUUGGGCCUGGCUGGCGGCUCCCAGGUGGGCAGCGUGGCAGCUGGGGCCGAGGCACCCCGUAUGGAGUGGAAGGUGAAGGUGCGCAGCGAUGGCACUCGCUACGUGGCCAAGAGGCCUGUGCGCGACCGGCUGCUGAAGGCCCGGGCCCUGAAGAUCCGGGAGGAGCGCAGCGGCAUGACCACGGAUGACGACGCAGUGAGCGAGAUGAAGAUGGGCCGCUACUGGAGCAAGGAGGAGCGCAAGCAGCACCUGAUACGCGCGCGCGAGCAGCGGAAGCGCCGUGAGUUCAUGAUGCAGAGCCGGCUUGAGUGCCUGAGGGAGCAGCAGAGUGGCGAUAGCAAGCCCGAGCUCAACAUCAUCGCACUGAGCCACCGCAAGACCAUGAAGAAGCGGAACAAGAAGAUCCUGGACAACUGGAUCACCAUCCAGGAGAUGCUGGCCCACGGCGCGCGCUCAGCAGACGGCAAGCGGGUCUACAACCCCCUGCUGUCUGUCACCACUGUCUGAGCCGCCCAGGCAGCCCUCAGCUUCCCUUGGAGUCUGAUGUGUGUGUGCACCGCGUUCCCGCACCUCCUGCCUGUCCUUGUGCGCACGGGGAAGAGAGGGGAUGCUCCUUUCGCAUGGCCUACUUCCUUCUCCCCAAGUAACCGGCCGGGUCGACAGCCAGCCUUGAGCUCCGCUGUGCGUGUGUCCCCAUGCUGGAGGCAGGGAAGCCGGUGCGAGGUGACAAGGACUAAGCACAAGACAGCAUCCAGCUUCGUGCUCCCUGGAGCUGCAGUGAUUCGUAGAACAAAGGCACCCCGGUUUUUGUGGUUUUUUUCCCUUUCUGUGCUUGCUGAUAGUUGUUUUUCUGUAUCGUGGCUCUGCCGUGGGCGGGCAGCUUGGCCGAGGGGCAGAGGUGGAGCCCUGUGUGCCGGCUGGGAAGGAGUUGGGGGGGAGCGGAGGGAGGGUGGGGGGAGGGGGGCGGGAGGAACGGGAAGCAGCUCCCGGCGCCUGGCAAUGACAGGCCGAAUGGGGAGCCUGGAUUCAGCUUGCUCAAGGCUCACUCCUGGGGGCCGCCCCCUUCCCCAGUGACCAAAGGAAAGCGAGACUGUGGGGACAGAGGGACAGUGUCCAUCCGAGAAGUCACUGCCCCUGGGUCUGUGCCGUGCCGUCUGGGGCUGGGCCACUUAGAUGUCAGGCGGGGUGAGAGGCCAAGCCCCGUCAGCAACACGGAAAAACCUCAGACCCCUCAGCCUGGAGAGGACUCGGUGAGAGGCAGGUGGGCUGGGCGGGAGGGAGAAGCCCCAGCCUCUUCCGCGUGUUGCAGUAUGCAACCAUGCUGCCUGUGCGCUGCCCUGUGCUUGGAGGCAGACGGCUGCCACACCCCUGCCCCACCUGCAUCUUGAGAAUAAAGCAAGCUGCCUUUUUACUAACUGAA